AUGGCAACUCUGAAAGAUGCUUUUCUCUCGCCAAACAACGCGUCUCCUGUCCUUCCAUAUCCAUCGUCUUCUAAGUUAAACUUCGACCUCCAUCCCAGUCUUGGAUUUUCUCGAAAUUCCAUGAAUUUAAACUGUAGGAUGCAUUUCACCGCGGUAUCGGCCCAUAAUCCACCCCGGGGUCAAUUCGUUCCAGCUGCUAAAAGUAUCGAUCGUAAUGAUGUAGGUUCUAAUAUCCCAAUUGCUCGUAGUUUGGUUUUGCUGAAUAGUAAUUUUUUGUCUGAUUCUAGACAGACUCGUGCUCAUGUUGUUAAGUCAAACGUUCAUCGAGUUGAUAGUUUGUUUGGGAACAAGUUGCCAAAGUUUAAUGCCCAGGAUGUGAAGUGCGUGGAUAGCGACUGUAAGCUGUUCGAUGAAAUUCCCGAGAGAACUCUUCCAGCAUAUGCAGCUUUGAUUAGGGCGUAUUGCCGGUCACAGAAGUGGAAUGAGCUAUUUGCGGCAUUCAGAUCGAUGGUUGAUGAGGGCAUACAACCUGACAAAUAUCUCGUACCCACGAUUCUUAAAGCGUGUUCCGGAAGACAAUUGGUGAAGACAGGUAAAAUGGUCCAUGGGUUUGUGAUUAGGAAGACGUUUGUCUCUGAUAUUUUUGUUGGGAAUGCUCUUAUGAACUUCUAUGGUAAUUGUGGGGAUUUGAGAUCUUCGAUUGUUGUUUUUGAUUCGAUGAGUGAAAAGGAUGUGGUUUCGUGGACUGCGCUUGUUUCGGCUUACAUGGAAGAAGGCCUUUUGGAUGAGGCGAUGGAAGUUUUUCACAACAUGCAAUCAAGUGGGUUGAAGCCUGAUUUGAUAUCUUGGAAUGCACUGGUCUCAGGGUUUGCUCGCUAUGGAGAGAUCGACAUUGCUCUCCAAUACUUGGAAGAAAUGCAAGAAAAAGGGUUGACUCCAAGGGUUAAUUCAUGGAAUGGAAUCAUAUCUGGCUGUGUUCAAAAUGGGUAUUUCAGAGAUGCUUUGGAUGUAUUCAUAAACAUGCUGUUUUUUCCUGAGAAUCCAAAUUCUGUUACUGUUGCUAGUAUUUUACCGGCUUGUGCAGGGUUGAGAGAUAUAGGCUUAGGCAGGGCUAUUCAUGCAUAUGCUCUUAAGUCCGAGCUGUGUGUGAACCUUUAUGUUGAAGGAUCAUUAGUUGAUAUGUAUUCAAAAUGCGGACAAGAUUAUUGUGCUGAAAAAGUUUUUGCCAGAGCGGAGAAGAAAAACAUUACAUUGUGGAACGAAAUUAUUGCAGCUUACGUGAAUCAGGGAAAAGUUAGCCAGGCAUUGGAACGUUUCAGAUCAAUGCAGCAUCAUGGACUAAAACCUGAUGUUGUAACCUACAACACACUGCUAGCUGGGCAUGCAAAAAAUGGGCAGAAAGUUGAAGCAUAUAAGUUGCUAUCUGAGAUGUUACAGAAAGAUUUGACACCCAAUGUUGUAUCUUUAAAUGUUUUGGUAUCUGGAUUUCAACAAUUUGGGCUUAGUUAUGAAGCUCUAAAAUUAUUCCGGACCAUGCUAUGCACUGGUUGCCUCCUUAAUAAGGUGAUUACUUUGCCAAUUCGACCAAAUACUGUCACCAUAACUGCUGCUCUGGCUGCUUGUGCCGACUUGAAUUUAUCGCACCAAGGGAAGGAAAUCCAUGGAUAUAUGUUGAGGAAUGGUUUCCAUGACAACCACUUCAUUUCGAGUGCUCUCAUUGACACAUACAUAAAGUGUGAAGAUAUUGAUUCGGCAAUUCGAGUAUUUAGGAGAAUAAAGAACAGGAAUGUAGUUUGUUGGAAUGCCUUGAUUGCUGGUCAUAUGAAAGAAAGGCAGCCCAAAGUGGCAAUUGAACUCUUCUGUGAAAUGCUCGUAGAAGGCAUAAAACCAAGUUCAGUCACCCUUUCAAUACUUCCCCCUGCCUUAGAUUUAGGGGUAGAUUUGAAAGUGAGAAGACAGCUACAUUCCUAUAUCACCAAGAGUCAGCUCCUCGAAUGGUGCAAUGACCUUGCAAAUGUCUCAAGUUUCGGAAAAUUUUAA